CCCGCUGGAGCUGUCAGUGGGCGUCAAUUCAAGCAUCGCGUUCCUCAAAGACACUUUCCCACGUUGCUCGACACCAGAACCUUUCACGUGCAAGGAAACAGCUGUCGAUGAGAACCUCAUCUGCGCCGAGGUCAAUCGGUCACUAGUCCAACAAACACUGGCAGCCGACAACUCCUCCGCAGCCUUGUGCUCUUUUACCAUCACUGAACAUGCCUGCUCCAUGGCUGACCAGCUUGCGCCGCAAAACCUGGCCACACUGCUGAAAUGCUGGCUGGAAAGCCAAACGACAUACCCUGUAGAAGCGUGGAAGCUCUUCUUUCAGAAAGUUCCCUCUUCCCUGAAUGACACCCUGGAGACAUUUGCCACCAUGACCUCCAACAACAGCAGGCCGGCCUUAUCGAACGCCCUUGAUGCCCUUAGAGAGGUGCGACUCGCCAACCUCAGUGACGCAGAACUACAGAGUAGGACUGUCAUUGGGGAUCUGGUCCAGAGAGUUAUUGGUCCGUUCUUGGCCUCCCCGUCCACAAACUUCCUGUUCUGCCUCAGCUCCUACAACUUCAGCUGCCUGACCUACCAGAUUGUCGUCAAGGAAUUGAGCAACCAAAGGCAGCUCAUGAACAGUGACAAGCAGCGAGCAGUCUUUACUUAUUUCAUCAAACCGUUCCUGUCACGAAAGGAGUCAUCGGAUCCUGGCUGCACCUUAUCCGCCAACGGGAGUCAGGAUUGGCUACAGGCAAACCUCGGCAGCUUUGCUGGUUUUGCAACCGUCCAGGAUUUGACAACCCUCAACCCGCACCUGUCUCCCAUUGAAAUAUUGUCAGAACUGGCUCCCUCUCAAGUGGCACAGCUCCUAAUAAGCACAGGGAGCUCAAACGACACAACCCUGAUUGAUUUAGCCUUUGAGCGACUUGAAAAGGGUGACGCUCUGGAAAACCUGGACAAAUUCCUCACACAGCUCACAGUCAAUGGACAGGUCCUACAGUUCCAGACGGUCGUCCGAGAUCAUGCGAUGACACGAGCCUUUUACAUCCUAAGGCUACAUUUCCUGAGCUUCAGCUCGCGAGAGUUGUAUCUUUGGUUCCACGAGAGACUGCUUACCAUCCUUGCCAGUUUCACUCCACAGAUGCUCAACAGUACCAUAUCAAGCAUGAGCUGCGCAAACUACCACAUCGUGUGAGUUGCAUUGUAAAGAAGCAUAUUCAUAGACAUUUAGUU